AUGAGCUCUAAUUGUUGUUUUAUCCACCUCCGCUCUUCUUCACUACUUCACGCAGCGCCACCCAAAGCAACUCUGCUUCCGUCGCCACAAAGUUCGCAAACCCAAUUUCAAUAUAACACCGAUUCCUAUCUUUGUCUACUUUUGCUUUCCUCACAAUCAAUGGAUCAACAAUCAAAAAACGUUGAACAAAUUGCCAUGUUACCCAUGGCUGAUAAAUCAUGCUCAGAGUCUUCAACUCCAAUCAAGAAACUCCAUAUCCAAUCAAUCAAACAUCUUGAUGCAAGCUUCAUGUCUCCAACACCAGAGAAGACAAAUGAGAAUCUGAACAUUAGGUCCAAAAAAGAACCUGCUAAACUCCCAGAUAAAUACCAAAUCCUUUCAGACCUUUUUAAUCGUAUGACUACUUCACUGAGGCUCCUCAAUCUGCAAAAAAAGUCACCUACUUUCAGUAAUAUAUGUCAUCAAGUCGAAAAACUCACAGGAAGGAAAUUCUCGUAUACUCAUCUUGCAAAGAUGAAGUUUGUUCUCCCUGAAGCUAUUCAGACUGAUAAGAUACUUUUACACAAUAACAAGACUUUGACUAUGGAGCCAGACAUUAAAGUCACAUUGCUUUUUGAUAUUGUAGAAGGUCAUAUUGAACAUUCACCUUACAUUGCUCUAUGCCAUACGUUUUCCUCUAGGCUCUUAAAGUUUGUCAAUACACAUUCAGAGGGUUGUGAUGUACCCGAAGCUGAACUUCCAGAACCAUUUAACCAAAAAGAUAUCAGAUCAAAGUCUUUAAAUGUGGAUUUAUCAGUGGAAAAAGAAAAACUUCCAAAUGUUGAAGAAUCUGAGCUACUUAAUCCUUCUCAUUUGGAACCUUCUUUCAGUAGACACUUUACAAAAACAGACAAUGAAGAUACCACAAGUGAAAAAGAAACUGGUUUUAGUUCAUGUUUGGAUACAGUUAAAGAUGAGAAAAUACUUGGAGCUGUUAAUGGAAGCACACCAAUGAAGCCUCCAUUGUUACAUAAUGGGGUAUCUCUUUUAACUCCUGAUUUACCAACUCCAAAGAGAUCAGUGGCUACUGAAGAUAACAAGGUUUGCCAGAAAGUCAUGUCAAGUAGUUUAUUUACAAAAAGGUCCCUGGAUUUCUCAAAUCCUGACAUUGAAGGUGUAGUUGUGGAUGAAAAAAGCAACUCUGUUAGUUUUCCUUCUGGAAAGGUUGAGGAAAAAAGUUGCUUGUCUGAACUUGUUGAGACCAUUUACAACAUAUUCAUGUCUGCAAACUCAUCUUCAGUUACUAAAAGUGAACUUGUUCACAAAAUCUUGAUCAAUAACUUUGACAUCAUAGAAAACGGAGAGAUUGAAGAUCAGAUAGAUGAUGUUGUAAAGAAAGUACCAGAUUGGAUUAGUAAGAAGGUGACUCCUAGUGGGGAUAUUUUGUACAAUAUCAACAAAGGGUUGGAUUUGAAGACUGUUACUGAAAAGCUUAUUAUGUAACCACAAAAUUAAGAACUUGUGGUGAGACAAUGAUGAGGAAAUUUGGUAGUUUUUAGUGUCUGGAUGUAUUGAGACUUGUUAUUGAUGGAUUUUUUUUUAUUUUACUUAAAGUUACUCAGCUUGUGUGCUUGAAAGUCUUAAUCUUUUGUGCUAAU